CCGGGCCCAUCACCACUGGUUUAGUUCACCUGCAAGCGCUGAAAAUUUCCCUGCGUAAACCACCUGACAAGAGGACGCAUUCCAUGUAGGGAACAGGGGACGACGGUGGCGAAUGUCUGGUUUUGAUGUUGCUUGGGUUUGAGCCUUGCAGAGUUGCAGAACGCGCCGGUUCAUGAUGCGUCGAUGACAAGUGCAACGCUUUGGGUAUCAAGGGUUUACAGAGAGAAAACGAAACUGAUGAUGGUCGAAACAGAACCGAAACAUUUUUUAAUUCAAGGUGAUGUUUAUGAAGUUGAAAAAUUAGUGGGCGUGAAAAUCGUGAAGGGAAAGAAACUAUACAGAGUCCGGUGGCGUGGUUACGGUAAAGAAAGUGACACUCUUGAGCCAGAAGAAAACCUUCUCUCCUGCAAAGAUAUGAUUCUAGAUUUGGAAGAAAAGAUGAAAAAAAGAGUUGAAAAGAAAAAAAUUAAGAAAUCCUUUAGAACUCAGACUAUAAUUAAAGAUUCUCAAAUAUCAAUGCCAUAUGACAGCAAAUUAAAUAGUGGAGCAACAUGGCAAGCAACAGAGGUCCAUCAACAAGGUGGAACAAGCUUAAAGGAUACAUUCUGGCGAGAUUUCGAUGAAGGUAAAAUUGAUGUUUCUGACAAAGAUAUGUACAGUAAAGUCAAAGAAAGAGCAGCUAGGACAAUAUCUCUUAAUGAAAAUGGGAAAAGUUCUGAACUUGCACAAAAAGAAAACCCAUCUCCACCCCUGUGCCCAAAAGUGGUAUUGAAAAGAAAACCUUGUAACAGGACUUCUCAAGAGAGCUUAACAUAUAAAUCAUCAUUAAAAGUUAAGUCAGUGAGCAUGCACAUUAAAAAGCGCAAGAAAUAUGAUGUGCUCAGAGAUUAUAGAAAACGUAAGAGUAGAAUCCACAGAAAGAGAAAUUUUGAUGAAAACGCCAGAUGUGGGUCAAGUUUUCGAAGUCAUGAUAAAGCUGACAACUUUAGCAAUAUGGAUUGUGUUCAAAGUAGUUCAAAUAUAUUGCAAGAACUUCUUAUAAAUGAAGAACUGAAGGGCUCUGUUCUUUCUGAUUAUGUUUCAAAUUCUGGUGCUUCAAAAUCUGAAUCUGACAAAGCCAUAUCUUCAGUGCCAAAAAAUAAAGACUUGAUUAAAAAGCUAAAAACCUCUGGCUGUGAUGAAACAAUAAAGAUAGAAAUGAGGAAGAAUCAACCAUUAAUGUACAGAAUUACAAUUCAUGAUAAAACAAAGGCUAUUUAUUCUCCUCUUAAGCAAGGAUCUAAAACCAGUUCAGAAACUCCUGGCUUCAAAAGCUCAAAAUUCCAAAUGGAAAUUGCUGUUAAAAAGUUAUUUUCUGUCCUCCUUGAUGCAAUUGUAAAUAAUCAAUUAGAAAAAGUUGAGAGACUCUGCACCAAUUCACAUGUUGUCAAUUGCUCUCAAGAAGAUGGUAUGACAGCCCUCAUGGUUGCAGCACAGUUGGGGCUGUAUAAUGCUGCUAAGAUUCUCCUUAAAGCCAAUGCACAUAAAGAUAAACAGAACAGGAAAGGGGAAACUGCGUUGAUGUUGGCUUGUAAAAAUAGACAUCCUAAAAUUGCCAAACUUUUACUUGAACAUGGUGCCAAUUUUGCUUUAACAACUGCUGAUGGUAUCACUGUUCACCGUAUAGCAAAUCAAUAUGCCAGUGAAACUGUCCUCCAAAGUAUUUUAGUCCAGCAUAUCAUGAGGAUAAUAUCAGAAUUUGAAACCCAAGCACGCUACACUGUAGAAAAUGUUGCUGAAAUAAAAUAUGCUCUGUUUCCAAUACAGUGUUUCUCACUCAGUGAAGGACCAAAUUAUUCUAUAAACUUUCAUCAUCAUGUGAAAUUAGAAUCUCCUGAGAAAAUCGGGAAGCAGAAUCUUUUGUUCAUUGCCAAUUCCACCAUUGAAGGUACUUCCAUAAAAUGCGAGUUUGAGGCAGAUUCACUUGUGAACAGAGUUUUAAUCAAUGGCAUAAAGCAAGAUUUAUUUUAUAAGGGUGGAAAUUCUGUAUUCAGAAUGACUGGAUUGCAAAAUGGAAACAACAAAGUAACCAUAAUGACUGAUCAUUGUCCACAGUCAGAAAUCAAGCUGAUUGUUUGUGCAUACCGAACUCACCGAUGCUUGAUGUCAUUUCCUGCUCAAAAACUGAAGAGUGAGAUUAUUCAGUGAUUAAAAAACUGGUGCUUUCAAACUUUAAAAAACAAAUAGAGCAACUAUUCAAAGGUCAUGUAAUAUAUAUGAGAGUAUUAUUGUUACUGCCAAAUUAUUUAUGUUAUCUAUUUUUCACUACCUGUAAGGAAACUAAUAUAUUAUAUGCAGGAAAGCAGCCUCAUUCGUUUUAAAAAUAACCUAGUUUACUUAUAAAAGUUACCUUGUUUACCUAGGAAAAGGAACCAUAUUUAUUUUUAAAUGAAUUUGCUUACAAAACUGAAAAGUCUCAUUUAUUUUAGAAAUUAUCAGUUUGUUUUAUAUUGGAAAGAUAUCUUGUUUUGUUUGUAUUCUGUAUUUUCAAUUUUAUUUCUGAAAAAUGACAAGUGUAUGAAGAGUGUUUUUAAAAAAUAUGAACUCGUCUACACUUUUAGGCUUAAUUCCAAGAAGUUCUGAGAAUGUUUAAUUUUUCAACAAGUGUAGCAUUUUGUAAAACAAAUAUUUUAAAUUUUAAAAGGGUAUUAUUUGCUGGUACAGACUAUGAACGACACAGCUGAAAGAUAUAACAUAAAAGCAGCAUAUACAAAUGUAUGCUUUUAACAUAAUCCAAUUAAAAAAAAAAAAAAAAAAACAUGAAUGUGUUUUUAUGAUUAAAUAAAUUAAAGGAACUUAAAAAUAUCUGCUUAUCCAAAGAAAAAAAAAA